ACACCUUAUCUAGCACAGCACUCUCUUCACUCAGGCUGCCCUGUGGAGUUCCUCAGUGAGAGCAGCGAGGUGCACUCAGUGGGAAUAUAUGUAGAGCGUCCACAGUAAGAGGAGGACAGGCGCAGCUGCGUUUGGGACGGGGUCUUUUUAUGUCCUUCACAAAAGCAAAUGGAACUAGCUCUAACUCAGCGCUCUCUCUGCUGGAUCUGAGAUUUUCUGCUUAACAGUAAGUGGUUAUUUGGUAAAACGCGAGUGGAUGAGCGCUAUUUUGGGACACUGCGAAGGGAGCAGCGCGCUCAGGACUGGGACUACAGCAGCACAGCGACCGAAAACUGGCCGGAUCAGGUUGCCAAAGCAGACAUGAAGCCCUAUUUCUUCUAUUCCUCGCUGUUUUGGGUGCGCAAGAGAGCCCACUUCAAGUGUAGGUGACAAAAUCAAGACAAAGCCCGAUUCCUUUGUUUGGAUGAAGUAGACAUGCCCGCUGGACGUGCCGGAGCUCAGGUGGAUGCGGUGAAGAAGCGCUGGUGUAGUUUUGUGGAGCGCUGCUUUGGACGCUGCGAUGUAUUCGGCUCUUUGCUUUGUUUGCCUUUGUCGCCUCUCUAGGCUAAACGAAUAUGCUCGCUGUACGGGACGAGGACUUCUGACGGACAUAUGAUCUGAUGGGAACCGACUCCUAACAUCACUUUCUCCUCAAAUCCUUUAUCUCUUUGAGCUUUCCUGCUGGAGGGAAGGACCACUAGAAUGCCUGAAGCCCUCUCCCCUGCCCAAGCCCUCUACAUGGGCAUGGAAGUGGUGAUCGCCGUGUCCUCCGUUUUGGGGAACGUGAUGGUAGUGUGGGCGGUGAAAAUCAGCAAGUCUUUGAGGGACACCACUUUCUGCUUUAUCGUGUCUUUGGCCGUGGCCGAUAUCGCCGUGGGCGCGCUGGUCAUUCCGCUGGCGAUCACCAUCAGCAUCGGGCUCCAGACGCACUUCUACAGCUGCCUGCUGGUGGCCUGCACCGUGCUCGUGCUCACCCAGAGCUCCAUCCUCGCGCUGCUGGCUAUCGCUAUUGACCGAUACCUAAGGGUCAAGAUCCCAACCAGCUACAAGCGAGUGGUCACUCCAAGACGAGCUGGAUUAGCAGUGGUCGUUUGCUGGACAGUGGCUUUCAUAGUUGGCCUGACUCCUAUGCUGGGCUGGAACAAUUUACACAACCUGCAGCAAAAGAACGGCUCACUAAGCCCAGACCUCAUCAUCACGUGCCAGUUUGAGAACGUCAUCAGCAUGCAGUACAUGGUUUACUUCAACUUCUUCGGCUGGGUGCUUCCACCACUGCUGCUCAUGCUGGCCAUCUACGCAGAGAUCUUCUACAUGAUCCACAAGCAGCUGAACAAAAAAGUGAGUACGAGCCACACUGACCCGAACAAGUACUAUGACAAGGAACUGAAACUGGCCAAGUCUCUCGCACUCGUCCUGUUCCUGUUUGCGGUCAGUUGGCUCCCGCUGCAUAUCCUGAACUGCAUCACUCUCUUCUGCCCCGACUGUGAGAAGCCAAUGUUCCUCAUCUACAUCGCCAUCUUGCUCACUCACGGCAACUCGGCGGUCAACCCCAUAGUCUACGCGUUCCGCAUCAAGAAGUUCCGCAUGGCCUUCCAAAGGAUCUGGAAGCAGUACUUCUGCUGUAAGGAGGCUCCUCCAAUCGAGACCCAAAUGAGUGAAAGACUGGACAAGGACCACUACAGUCCUCAGCCUGUAAUUCCACUGGAGCACAAUAACAUUUGACUGGAAGCCCCAGGGGAACUCGCUGAGCAGACUGACUACGUUGGCUACUCUUAGUAACGUCUAUUUUGAAUGUAAAUCAGCGCUUUGUCUGCACAUGCCGCUGACUGCUGUCGUCAGAGCGUGCCCCCAUUAUGGGAUUAUUAUGAAACAUUAUCGCUCCACUUGGAGACGAGAGAGAACGAGUAGACAGUGGAAUUAAAUCAUAUAGAGAGGGAAUCUGAGAUACGGCAUACUGGAAAUGAGACGGUUUUAAUUUAAUACUUAUGAAAAAUGUUUACUAGAUCAAAGGCAUCCGAGAUAAAACCACAGGGAAACUAAACUAGCCUACAGGUAUCAUACAAGUAGAAAAAAAGAAAAACACUGAAGGCUUUGCACCACUGUGCCAUCCAGAAUGUGCAAUACUGUCUCAAACUCAUUACGAAAUGCUAUAAUCACUAUGAAUUUGAAUUUGUCAGAGAACAAAUUUAAUGAGUAAAUGUGAAUGUAUACAGAAUACACUGAUAAUAAUAAAAAAGUAGUCAGUUUUAAGCAGUUGACACACUGAACCUUCAGUUCAGAAAACUGAGAGAACAUUAGGAAUAAUGAAGAAAUUCUCUAUAGUUUUAGAGUUUUCUGUUUCCUUGUUGCUCAGCAUAUUUGAGCCAAUAUAGCUGCAAAAGUCAGAGACCAUUAAGUGCAAGGUAUUCAUUUUUUAGUGAAAAACAGAAAACAUAUAUUUAACAGGAAAUCAGCAGUUUAGAGCCGUUUAGAAAAUGUGUGUGUGUGUGUUGCCUCCACUCUUUGCUUUCAUUAGAGAUUUCAUUUGUUUCAGAACAUUCAGUUUUUUAAAGAAAUCUGCAGGGAUAUUUUUCCACACGUCCAAAGUUCAGUCUUAGAAGUCUUUUCUGUUUCUUAUAAUCCACGUAACCCCAAAUACAGAUUUAGAACCAUUAGUUCACAAGAAACUUUCAGACUCAUAAUGUUGAGCUGUGUUCUCACAGAUGGAAACUCCUGUGGAUUGUUUCAGAUCUGAAGCAAGAGUGGAGCUUGAUUUCCUCCUCUCUCUCAAAGAUGAAAGCUUUAAGUACUGUUUAUCUGAUGAUGAUAGUUUUGGUGGUCUACCAGGUCUUGCACAGAUGUCAAGAGUCUCAAUUUCUCUAAAUCUUUUCAAUCAUUUUUUUUUAAAUCCAGGUUUUCGGAAAGCCCUGUUAUGUCACUUAUCCUUUCUUACUAAAGCAGAUUAUCUCCUGAAAAAUGAAUGACAUGUAGCUGUUUUGACUGCAACAUGAAUAAAUGAAGGAUGGUCUCUGA